UGUAAAAAGAUCUACUUCCUAAAAGAUCUUUCCAAAAGAUCCUUGACGGUUAAUUCAAUUACUUGCAACAAAUUAAACGUUAUUCCGGCUGAAUAACUUUGAAGCACGUGUACCUUUUAAAAACCCCAAGCAAUUCAACUUCAAAACAAUUUUCUUAACGUUGGUUUUGCAACGAAUUCUGUAGCAUGGUUUUGUACAGCGAAUCUUACUUAAUUUUAACAUUCAACAAUGCACUAGGAAUGCUGAAAACAUUAUACACACACAUUGCAAAUCCAGUUUUUUAAAACAGUUUACACAAAUACACAAAUGUAACCCACGAAUAAACUGUUAUUCGUGUCAAAUUUGACACUAGACAAGUCCUCUCUAUAUGUCAUUUUUAAAGCACUUUGACAGUUCGAUCGAACAUUAUACAAAACAUGAUUCCCAAAUUAAAUUGAUUAUUUAUUUAAAACGAUACAAUUUCGCCUCGCCAACUCUUAAAACACAGCGUUAAAUAAUUACUAAACGUUUCCUGUUUAAUUUUACGUUGUUAACAAACGAAAUUUGCUUCUUGCAGCGCAACUGAUUCCAAUAUGGCCAGUACUCACGUUGACACUAUAAACAAAGCAAAAUCAAACGUAAACAAAUCAAGAGGGAAACAAAAUAAAGAUGCAAAAUAUAUUUUGCUGUAGAAGAAAAGACAUCUGAUUGUGCGGAGCGAGUGAAAUUUCAAUUAAAAAAGCUCAUUUAAUCAAACCCACACAGUAUUUUGAAGCAAGCGGCAUUGGAUAAAGCAAAUUUGUGUUCAAAUAUCACCAUCACCUUCAGGAACGAUAUUACGAUAUUAACAGAUCAUAGGCAGUAUAAGAGUGAAAGAGUAUAAUCGCUAAAAGCGUUAUUAAUCCACUGCACAGCAUCAUGGAUUCGGAUGAUUGUGGUACAAAAAGAUCCGGUCGGGGACGUGGACGUGCCAAAGGCACCCGUGGUCGUGGUCGCGGUCGUGGCCGUGGUCGUGGUAAAAAAGCUACACGUGUAAUCUCUUCCGACGAGGAAGUGGAUGUCGCAUCAUCUGAACCGGAAAAGGAAUUGAUUAUACAGCCGGAAAAGCAUCAUUCUACUGCAAUCAAAAAACCAGCAAUAAUACUACCACCGAUUGCGGUUGCUGAGCCAGCCGAACCAGACCCGGAACCGUUGGCCCCCGCGAGUAUUCUUCCGGCGCCUAGUAGCGCUCCAUUAAUUAUCGACAUGGAGGCAGACAUUUCGCAGUUGGAAGCACCCACCUUCACCACGAUUAGCCGCGGUCCACCGGAACCAAUGUUGCGGCUGAGCUGGAACCAUAAGGUGAACCUAAUUGGCGAAAAGGUGCUUAAUCCGAUGAUCUACUGCUGCGAUCAAUGUGACAAUCCAAUACUCAUUUACGGUCGUAUGAUACCGUGCAAGCAUGUGUUCUGUCUACGGUGUGCGCGUUCCGACACCUUCAAGGUGUGUCCGCGCUGUAACGAAAAAGUAGUACGGGUGGAACAAACGCGCCUCGGUACGGUCUUCAUGUGUACGCACGGUGGUACACGGUACGGUAAUACUGGCUGCCGGCGGACGUAUUUAUCGCAGCGCGAUCUGCAAGCACACAUUAAUCAUCGACACGUGACAAAUCCAGCGCCGCCAGCACAGCCAACGAUACAGCCACUGGUUAUACCGUCACCAAACACUACCGUCCCGAUACAACCGAUGGAACUGUCGCCGAUGAGUAAGCUGCUAUCGGAAAAGGUAAACUCCGGUGGGGUAGCCUCGUUGCGCAAGAACUCCUGCGAACAACUCAAUUCGCCACGGUCCGGAAUGAUGCGACAGAGCGAACACGGGGACAGUUACUACAGUUACGGCAGCUCUGGCUCCUACAAUACCAGCCAUACCGCUUCCAACCAGCAACAUCACAUGCCGAUCGGUGUAUCGCAACAAUCGCCUGCACAUCAGCAUCUGUCCCGCGCCGGUUACUCACCGUACGGACAUCAGACAUCAUCUCCGCAACAGCAGCAAAUACAAUCAUCCACGACGCCCUCCAUAUCGUCGACGCUCUGGAGCCAAUCCACCAGUCAGUAUUAUCGCUAAACGGAAAAUUUCUCAUCUGUAGUGGUAAAACUCACGCUCAAUUUUCAAGAGUGCGGAAUGUAAAAUAUUACUAAAAUAUGAACUCAAUGAAACACUGUAUUUACGUUUUGGAACGUAAAAACAUAAAAAUAAUUAUUUACGCUUUAAGUGAAUCGGAAUUAUAAACGUUUAAAAAAAAUCCAUUAGAAUAUACUAAAAGUGUAUAUUAAAAAUGAAUUGAACUUUUUCGAACUGAUAUUACUUUUAGAAACAAAAAAAAAGUUUUUUUAUUUUUUUAUUUUUAUAU